CCUCAAAGACUUCUACAAACAAUUUACAAAGGACAUUCACCUAUGGAAGAAAUAUUAUGAUUUAUCAUCACCUGAGGAGCAACCGCUACCCAAGCCUUACGAUAACAUAGAAGAAAUGCUAUACUUAAUUGUAUUGAAAUGUCUACGACCAGACAAAGUUGCGCCCGCGGUGAGAACAUUCAUUACGCGCAACAUGGACCAAUCAUUUGUGGAGCCACCACUCUUCGAUUUGAAUGCCUCAUUUGCUGACAGUUCGCCAAGAAUCCCAUUGGUCUUUCUGCUAUCGCCUGGCUCGGAUCCAAUGGCCAAUCUAUUCAUGUACGCCAAACAGCGUAACAUGUAUGACAAAACAAAAACAAUUUCAUUGGGUCAAGGUCAAGGUCCACGCGCCGAGAAAAUGAUUUUGGAAGCAAAUCGUUACGGCCAUUGGGUUGUUUUGCAAAAUUGUCACGUCGCUGUCAGUUGGAUGGGCGAAUUAGAGCGCAUUUGCAAUGAUACGACGUUGGCAGAGUCAGCACAUCCGGACUAUAGGUUAUGGUGCACUUCGUAUCCCAGCAACGUAUUUCCCGUUCGGUGCUGCAGAAUUCGGUGAAGAUGACAA